AUGAAUGUGAAUGGUACCACCAUGAUUGAAUUUGUGCUUCUGGGACUCUCUCACAGAUCUGACUUACGAAUCCUGCUCUUCAUUGUCUUCCUGAUAAUCUAUCUCUUCAUCUUGAUGGGAAAUAUUCUUGUUUUUAUUGCCAUAGUAUCUAAUCGCACCCUGCACACACCCAUGUACUUCUUCCUUAGGCAUUUGUCUUUUUUGGACAUCUGUUAUACAACAGUAACUCUCCCCCAAAUGCUUGUGAAUCUGAUGGCAGAGAGGAAAACAAUCUCAUUCUUAGGCUGUGCCAUGCAAAUGUUCUUCUACAUUUUCCUGGGGGCUGCUGUGUGUUACCUCCUGGCCAUUAUGGCAUAUGACCGUUACCUGGCAAUCUGCCAUCCCUUGAACUAUGUGAGAUUCAUGACCAGGAGGGUUUGCUUACUUUUGAUCUCAGGAUGUUGGAUCAUUGGAUUGUCCAUUUCCCUUGUGCAGACAGUGCUGAUAUUUUCCUACCCCUUCUGCGGCUCUGACAUUAUCAACCACUUCUUCUGUGACAUUCCCCCAGUGCUGAGGCUACACUGCCCAAGUCCUUACAUAAACAAUGUCAAUCAAUUUCUAACCAUUUUCCUUGUUCUCAUCACUCCAUUUGCAUGUAUCCUGGUUUCCUAUAUUCUGAUCAUGGGUGCCAUCAUGAAGAUUGCCAUGUUAGAUGGGAGGCAAAAGGCUAUGGGCACAUGUUCCUCCCACCUGCUCUCUGUGGUCCUCUUCUAUGGCACAGCUAUGUUCACAUACCUGAGGCCUAGUUCUAGUGAGUCAAUUACUAUACAUAAGCUCCUCUCCCUUACUUAUACUAUGGUCCCUGCCAUGCUUAAUCCUAUUAUCUACAGCCUGAGAAAUAAGCAAGUGAAAGAUGCCUUGAAGAAUACAUUUGCCAAAAUCAAAACUUUGGUAGACAUAUGA